UCAACGUCUGAGUCUGGCAAAAAAAGAAACACGAUGCGCUUUAGAUGGGCCCUAACAUUCAUAACAGUCUACUCCCUUCAAAGGACUUUUUACUGUUUCCUCGUCGCCGCGACCACCGCAAGAGAUGUGUUCGCCGAAAACAGCCUCAAAGUUUUCCCCGAGGUGUACGACGGUCACGAAGAAGGCUUUGAUAAGCUUGUUGUCAUUCAAGGGGAAUGCAAGCUUACGCUGAAGAAAGCUUCAGUGUUAGCCAAGAAACUAUUAUUGCGAGAAGUAACCGAAAAUGGCAUCGUUGAAAGAUACAUUGAUGGGACCUACUAUGACAGGUAUCUCUACCACGAUAUAAAUAAUCAAGCCCUUUUGCUCGUCGAGCCCAACGCAUCAGGAGGCUAUAAAUUGUUUGGCCUCCUCAAUUUCACUCAUGGAAUCGAGCCCAUUGUAAGUGGAAAAGGGAUGACACUGGAACCAGCAGCGCACGUAAUACAUAAGGUCGAAGCUACCCACCGAACCAAGAGAAUCAUUGAACCGACAGUAUACAAACAAGAGGCAGUUCACAUCGAACCUCGAGAAUCGUCAUCAAGUUUCGUCGCUGAGACAUACCUCAUUCUUGAAAGCUCGCUCGCCAAUCGUAUUCGGACAGGAGGCAAUGAUUUACAGGCGUAUGCAUCAUUUUUCAUGGCAAUGGUCAGCUUGAUCCUGCAACAGCUUGAGCCUCCUGGCAUGAUUUUGUUGACAACCAUUCAAAUAAACAAUGUCGGGCAGGAGGAAUAUGUGGCCUUUACUAAUGACAAUCAUGUAGACAGUUCCAAGACACUCAAAAACUUGGUACUACAUGCGGCUAAAAAUAAAGACUUGCAGCGUGCGGAUAUGAUCGUGUGUUUGAUAGGGCGAGAAAUGGUACAAGUGAAUCCCGGCGGUGCAACACAUGUGUCGCAUGGCGCUACGUUUACCGGAAAAGCUUGCACUCCACAAAAUGUCGUCGUGGUUGCAGACAACAGAAAAAAGAAUGCCGGUGUAAUCAGCGCUGCUCACGAAAUAGGACAUUUGUUAGGUUCACCGCAUGAUGGGAGUGAUACUUCGAAAGAUUGCCCAGCUGAUGCCGGAUUAAUAAUGAGUCCAAGGGCCGAAGGCACUAUCAGACCUCGAUUCUCAAACUGUAGCAAGGAUGCGAUCUCAUAUUUUGUGACGACGUACGCAAGGUGUCUGUUUCAAGAAAAUGACCCCAUGCCCACUACGAGUACCCCGGAGGCUGCCAUCACCACAGAGGCGGCCCCUACCACGGAUGAAAUAUUUGAAAAGAAAAGAACCAGGAAGUGCGAAAAAUUCCUACUAAAGGACCAUGACCUCUUGCGUGCUGAGCAAAUGGAUGGGAAAAACACAAGAUGUACUGUCCUUUGCACCGCUAUCUCAAGAACAACAAAGCAGGAGAGCUGUUUUGCCGUGGUUGCCCCAAACGGAACACCCUGCGACCCGUCGGAUUCUUCUAAGAUGUGCAGAAGAGGGCUAUGCAAAUAAAAGCAAGAAAAAUAAAACAAUGAAAUUUGCACUCAGAAUAGAUUCAGCGGAGAACGAAAUAAAU